AUGUCAAACAAUAAUGAUAAUGAUGAAUUUGAAAGAGUCUUUGUUUAUGACGAACAUAAAUGGUAUAAUCGACUUAAAGGGAAAACUUACUAUAGAGUAUUUGGAAAUUGGGAAUGUAAUGAUUGUGGAAAUUUAUGGCCUUCUGCAUAUACGUGGAUUUCUUUCAAGAAGUUUUUAGAAGGUGUUGAUGCUAACCUAUUGGUGAAUUCAAAAUUGCGAAUGUAUCAAAGAUGUUCAGGGUGUCUAAGUGAUCAUAGUGCGAGGCUUUUAAACUAUUAUCAAUUAGGAGAGAGAGGUUCUGGACCACGAGGAAUGCGUGGAAUUUCUGGAGGUCAUAGAAGAGAUUUAUGGGACCCUUUAUUUGAGAAAAUCAUUCUAACGGGAAUAGAUUCACCUGAUGAUAAUGUAGUUGCAGCUGCAUCUACAUCAACUGAAGAAACCGGGACCAAGUUUAAUCAUGACAAAUCCUUAAAAUUUUUCAAAGAAAAUAAGGAUUGGAGUCUCUCCAAAUAUAUAGAUCAUAUGGAAUCUCAAUUAAAUGAUUAUUUGGAACAUGACCUUUCAAAAGAAGCAGUUGAUGAUUCUGCUGUUUUAGGAUUACAAUUAGCUGUUAAAUCAACUCCAAAUGAACUUUUCAUGAUAUUAUUAACAACCAAUCAAAUAUUUCUAGAAGCAAUUCACAAUUCAUUGAGCUUACCUUGGUGGAAAACAAUUAUUCUUACAACUAUAAUAUUAAGAUCUUCAUUUACUUUACCUUUAGCAAUUUAUCAACAAAAAAAUGUUGUUAAAUCUAUUAGUUUACAACCACUAUUGAAAGGAUGGAAUGAAUCAAUUAAAAAUAGGCUGAUUUCAAAAUUUAAAGUUGAAAGGAAAAGUUUUUCGGAAUUUCAAAAAGAAUUUAAAAGACAGGUAGUAAUAGAUAAUGGAUGGGGAGAAAAAAUUAGUAGUAUUAAAGAGAAUGAAAACAAAGAUAAUAAUAAAUCCACCGUUGGUCGUUUUAAUAGUAAUAACAGCAAUACUAGUAAAAAUGAUACUUCAAAUAACGCCGAUACUACUACCAAAACUACCAAAGCUAGACCUACUAGUAUAAUAAAAAAGGGGGCUGAGAAAGUGGUGGUGGAGGUGGAGAAAGAUGCGGUAGAAAUAGAUCAUAGUAGGAAAAAGGUUUCUUUGGGUUUAUUAGAGGAUGAUUUAAAAGAAUUAUUAUCAUCAAAUGUUGACAUUAAUAGCAUAGACUCGAGAGAUUUGGUGGCGAAAGCAUCUACUGUAGCUGAAAAAGAUCCGCCUAAUACUGCUGCUGCUGCCAUAGCUUUAUUAGCAUCAAGAAUUUCUGCUCUAGAGGAUGAAUUAGAAACUGUCGGCAAAGAAAUGGUUGAAAAUAUUAAGCGUGAAGUAGAUUUAGAAUUGGAAUUGGAUAAUAUGAUCACGCAAAAAGACGAACAAUUAGAAGCUGCUACUAAGCCAUUAGUUACUAGGAUAAGUCAAUUGGAAGCUGAUUUAUUACAAUAUACCAAAACAAAUUCUACUUCUACGAGUUCAAGAUCUUCAAGAGAUUUUUUUUCUGACCUUAAUACUCCAACAAAUAGUGCCACAAAAUUAGCCGAGAAUGAAGAACGUAUAAAAUCAGAAUUAAACGAAAGAUUUGUAGCUGAAAAAGAUGAAUUGAUAAGAAGCCAUUACAACGAAAAGGAAUUAAUAGAAACUGAAAUUGGAAAAUUAAUAAAAUCAAAAAAUCUAUUAGAAAAAGAAUUAAGAUCCAUUGAAAAUAAUUUCAAAGAUGAAAAAAAUGCGCUAAGGCAAGAAUACGAAGAUGAAAUGAAUUCAUUAAAACAAGAAUACGAAGUUGAAAUAUCGAAAUUAAAAGAAACAAAUCUCAAGUCGGAAUCAUUUUCUUCCUCAUUGACUUUAUUAAAUGAAUUACGUGAAAAGAAAGAAAAAAUUGAAAAGGAAUACGAUAAUUUAAAGGCAGAACAUUCAAAAACAUUAAAAGAAAUAAAUUUAUUAAAUAUAAAAAAUCAAAAUUCUGAAAAAAAAUUUAAUGAUCUUAAAAGUCAACUGAAAGAUAAAGAAAAACUUGAAAUUGAAUAUGGUCAACUUCAAUUAGAAUUUGACGAAAUGAAAUCUGGCAAAGAUAAAUUAGAAACCAGAUUAGAAGGUCUAAGUGAUAAAUUUGAAGAGAUUAAAAAUAUCAAUAACAACCUUAAAAAUCAAUUAAUGGCUAAAGAUGAAAUGAUAAAUGAAUUAAACCUUGAAUUUGAUCUCAAAAAAAAGGAAAUCAAGACCUUAAAAGAAACGUUUAAAAAUAAUUCUGAAAAGCUUAAUCAAGAACUUCGCGAAGAAAUCAAAACUUUGAAAGACAAUUAUAAUAAAAAAGUCAGUGAAUUAAACAAGAAACAAGAAGCUUUAAAAGAACUCGAGUCAUCUUAUAAUGAACUAAAAGUUAAACAUCAAGAAUCCCAAGCUAAUAGUUCAAAAAUUUCAAGGAAAUUGGGAGAUGUUGAAAAUGAAAGAGAAUUAUUGGAAAAAGAUAAUCAGGAUUUGAAUGAGGAGAAAUCACAAUUAAUUGAUGAAAAGCAAGAACUAAUAAAAGAAAUAGAAAGGUUAAAAGAAGAAAUACAAAAUUCAGAAGAAGAAAAACUUGCAUUAAAAAGUGAUCUUGUAGAAGUCCAAGGAGCUCAUAAGACAGUAGCUGAUGUUCUUAAAUUUAUGAAAGUUGAAUGGGAAACUCAAUAUCAAACCCUUAAGGCAGAAUGUAACGAAUCACAAGAACGAAUAAAGGAACUUCAGGAAUUAGCAGAGUCGAAUAAUGCCAAAUCAAAUGAAACCAAUAGAUUAGAAGAAAUAAUACAAGACCUACAGAGGCAGAAAAAAGCACAAGAUAUAAUAUUGGACGAGCAUCAAAAAGGAAUGCAAACUCUUAUGAAAGAUACGGCAUCAGAAAGGGAGCAGUGGAGACAAAAAGAACAAGAUUUUAUACAAAGCUAUGAGUCAAUCGAACUACAAAUGAAUCAAAAGGAAUCAGAGCUAAAUAUUAUACGAGAUGAGUUGGAGAAUGCAAUUAAAGACAAAAAGGUUAUGAAAGAAAAGUUGAUCAAUGUUGGUAGAGAAAAGGUUGUUGCUGAUUCUGAUAAGAAGCGAAUCGAAAAUGAAUUAGCGAAAACAUUGGAAGAAAAAAGAAACCUUUCAAGUCAAUUAAUAGAUGCAAGGAGACAAUUGGAUAGAUUUAAAGAACAAUUAAAAUCGAUUAAAAUAAUGGAGAAAAAUAUAGAAAGAGAUAAUAAUAAUAGUAAUAAUGAAUUAUUAUCUAAACAAAAACAAGAAUUAGAUGUGCUUCAACAGCAACUUGUAUCUUUAAACAAACAGCUUUCCAUAAAAGAUGACGAACAACAUGAUCUCAUUCAAACAGUUGAACAACUUACUUUACGAACAGAACAAACUGCUGCAACUUAUAAAAGCAAAAUAAGUGCAUUACAAAAACAACAUGAAGAAGAAUUGAAAAGUCUUACGACCGAUAUGCAGGCAAAAUUAGAAUCACUGGAGAAAAAACAAAAAAACCAUGAGUAUAAUAGAUUGGAUGAAAAAUUAACACAGGUUGAAAUGAAAUAUUUAGAAUCGGUUCAUGAAAAAGGUCAAUUGGUAGAGGAUAAACGUAAUGCCGAAAGAAAAAUAAAAUCUCUGGAAAUGAAACUUGAAAAUAUGAGUCAAGUUUAG